UGCCAGCUUUCUGUGCAUUUCCGUGGGUCGUCGUGACCGCGACGACCACCACGCCACGGCGGUGUCGUGCUGCCGCCGCCGAGAGUCCACUUCGCAUUUUGAGCGACGCCCCCAAAUUCCGUGCCGAGUGUUUGCAGACCCUCCGGGACGGAGAGGUGGAGGAGGAAUCGGCAGCUCGGCCGUCUGUGUACGCUACAAGCAGCACCAACGCCAUUAGUUCAUGACUUCGUCGAAGGCUUUUCGGUGACAGCGGCGUUCGAACGAGCGAUUUAGAAGGACUCCACGGCUGCUGCAGAGAAUGGGAAUAGGGACACAGGCCAAGGCUUGCCAUUUUGGCUGAAGGAACAGGACAGUUGUCAACCCCGCGCGCCGGCGUCAAUCCCUCUCUCCCUCACCUCUCCUCUCCUCCCCCCCUCCGGCGCACACACAAGGACACAAACCGCCGCCCACAUUCACGGCUAUGUCCACAGCAGUAGACAUUGCUGGCCCUUCCUCGCCAGAUCAAGCCAACAGCAGUGCUAAAAUCCCCAACGAGCCACUGAGACCCAGCCUCAAGCGCUCCAGCCACCCCUACGGCCUGUCCCAUUACAUUGCCAGCCCUUCCCAAGGCAUGGACGUCAAAGGCCUGAUCCAGCCCUCCCCGUCUCAGCAACAGGCGGCUCCGCCCGGCCCCACAAAACCUCGCCGGGCGCCCACUUGGCCCGAUAUGUGGGAGUCGCCUAGCGGGCUCCACCUGGCCCACGCCGCCGAGCUGCUGAUGCGCGCCGGGCUGCUGGCGCUCACCCCCACCGCCACCGAGCAGGCCGGCUCGGGCGCACAGACCAGCCAGCCCGCUAAAAGGGAGCCGCCGGAGGCAAAGGGAGGCAAGGGAGACGGCGAGGGCGGCGGGUCGGGGCCCGAGGAGGAGGAAGAGGACUCGCCCGGAUGCAGGACGGACAUCCAGCCCUACCUUGGCGCCUGGUUCCCUUUCAGCCCCACUCUCUUGCCUCUCGCCGGCUUUCAGAUGGGAGGAGGCCACUGGAGGAGCACAGCGAUGGGCGCCGACGGCAUGGAAGGCCUCGUGGCCGAGGGUCACUCGCCCGGGUCUCUGGGCGGGGGCGGCGGUGGGAGGCGGAAGAGGAAGCGGUGCGGGGAGUGCGUGCCAUGUCGGCGUCAGACGAACUGCGAACAGUGCAGCAGCUGCCGCAAUCGUAAGAGGGGACACCAGAUCUGUAAAUACAGGAAGUGCGAGGAGCUGAAGAGGAAGCCGGGCGGUCCCGGGUUCGAGGGUAGAGUGUCCGCGUUUGACCUCAGAGGUUCCGACUUUUCUUUGGGCCUGGCGCAGGAGAGAAGCAGCGGCGCGUUGGAUGGAUAGUGACGUUUGCUGCUUGUGUCACAGGAGCUUGCUCAGAUGAUUGUUGAGGAGUACGCACACACACAUAUACACACACUGGACACCAUGUUGGUUGAAAGACAUGAACAUAAUGCUUAGUGCAGAGCUGCACCUCUGUUCAAGAAUGUUCUCACUCGUUCCCAUCCUUUCUUUUGACAAUCAGUGAAUUGGAGAGGAGAGAGAGAGAGAGAAGGACACCAAUGUGUCAACUGUAUCAGCGAUGGAAAAAAAAAAAAAGCUGUAAAUAGACUGUAAAUAUCGGGGGAAAAACAUUAUGUCUUUUUUACAUCCCUUUCCAGUUUGGAUGUAUUGUGUUGCAGCCGCUUAAAAGAAAGACGAAAAAGAGCCAAACGUUUUGUUUCGGACGGGGACUCUCAAUUCUGUUGUCACCGCAUCAUCAGUAAGCGAGUCGUCUAAAUUAUUUCAUGUGCAACUUGUACUGUAUAGAUCUGUUUGCCCUUUUGAAAUAAAAGAAAUUGGCCAUGCG